AUGGAAUCAGGGAAUGAUACACAAAUUUCAAAAUUUCUCCUUCUGGGACUUACAGAGGACCCAAAAUUGCAGCCCCUCAUAUUUGGGAUUUUCCUCUCCAUGUACCUGAUCUCUGUGUUUGGGAAUCUGCUCAUCAUCCUGGCUGUCAGCUCAGACUCCCACCUCCACACACCCAUGUACUGUUUUCUCUCCAACCUGUCCUUUGUGGACAUCUGUUUCACCUCCACCACCAUCCCAAAGAUGUUGUGGGACAUACAGACCCAGUGCAAAGUCAUAACCUAUGAAGGCUGCCUCACCCAGAUAUAUUUUUACAUACUGUUUGGAGGCUUAGAUGAUCUUCUCCUGAGUGUGAUGGCCUAUGACAGGUUUGUGGCCAUCUGCCACCCCCUGCACUACAUGAGCGCAAUGAACCCUGGACUCUAUAGACUGUUGGUUCUGCUGUCGUGGAUAAUGAUGGCCAUGUAUUCCUUGUUACACAGCUUAAUGGUGUUGCGAUUGUCCUUUUGUCCAGAUUUGGAAAUUCCCCACUUUUUCUGUGAACUCAAUCAGGUGGUACAACUUGCCAGUUCUGACACAUUUCUCCAUAACCUGGUGAUGUGUUUUGCAGCUCUCCUUAUGAGCAUUGGUCCUUUUUCUGGUAUCCUUUAUUCUUACUCUAAAAUAUUUGCUUGCAUUCAUGGAAUCUCACCAGCUCAGGGGAAGUAUAAAGCAUUUUCCACCUGUGUGCCUCACCUUUCAGCUGUCCUCUUAUUUUGUUGCACAGUCUUAGGAGUGUAUGUCAGCUCUUCUGCUACCCACAACUCACACUCAAGUGCAAUAGCCUCGGUGAUGUACACUGUGAUCAUCCCCAUGCUAAACCCCUUCAUCUACAGUCUGAGAAAUAAAGACAUAAAGAGUGCUCUGAGGAGAUUCUAUUUGAUGCCAGGUUCUCUGUGUUUUCUCGAUAAAUGA